GGCGGCCCUUUGCCCUGACCCGUGGCGGAAAGGAAGCUAGCAGGAGCCCCUGUGCAGGUCUCCGGGCUGAAGGCCUUGAGGUGGAGGCAGAUGCCCUGGGCAGUGCCUCCCCAAGCCGGUAACCAACUUCGCUGCUCGGUUUUUACACAUCGGCUCUGUACUUGCCGUUCUGUGUUUCUCUCUCCACGGUUUCGGCACGCUAUAAAGGGCGGUUCCUAGGCCAAACCAGGGAGCCACUUGCUAUUUCUCCUUUCCUGGGGUGGCCCAGUCCAUUGGGCUCCAUGCCCUGUGAUGACACCACUGGCCGUGGGCAGUCACCCUUUCUGCCAGGCACAGGCAGCCCCUGCCCUGUUAUGCCUGCUUCCUACAGCACCCCUGGGAGUCCAGCACUGUCCACGUCCCGGUUCUGCAGAGCAGGGAGGGUUUCGGGGGUGAGGUGACCUGCCCGAGGUCCCUCCAGGUAAAGGACAGCAGGAGGGUUCGGGCUCCGCAGGGGAGCCCAGAGCCCUGUACCUGCUGCCGGGUUCCCAGCACUUGGCCUGUCAAGUUGCUCAAGAGAAUGGCUGUCUGCCCUGUGGGCACCCUCUCCCUCCACCAGUCCUGUGGUGGCUGCCACUCAGGGACUGAUUCGCCCUGGAUAAAGCAGCCACAGAAGUGCAGGCAGGAAUGGGCAUCCCAGAUAAGAGCCAGACGGCCCACGCCUCCCCCGGCGCUCGGCCUCGGACCCCGGGGCCCGGGCGCUCAUGACGCCUAUGCCGACCGCCACCCGGACGCCGCCGCCGCGAGCCUGCGCCGCCGCCCAGCCCGAUGCCGGUCAUGCCGAUCCCCCGGCGGGUGCGCUCCUUCCACGGCCCGCACACCACCUGCCUGCACGCGGCCUGCGGGCCCGCGCGCGCCUCGCGCCUGGCCCGCACCAAGUACAACAACUUCGACGUCUACGUGCGGGCGCGCUGGCUCUACGGCUUCAUCCGCUUCCUGCUCUACUUCAGCUGCAGCCUCUUCACCGCCGCGCUGUGGGGCGCGCUGGCCGCCCUCUUCUGCCUGCAGUACCUGGGCGUGCGCGUCCUGCUGCGCUUCCAGCUCAAGCUGUCGCUGCUGCUGCUGCUGCUGGGCCGCCGGCGCGUGGACUUCCGCCUCCUGAACGAGCUGCUCAUCUACGGCAUCCACGUGACCAUGCUGCUGGUGGGCGGCCUGGGCUGGUGUUUCAUGGUCUUUGUGGACAUGUGAGGGCCCGGCCACCUCGCCCUGGGGGGGGCUCUGCUGGGAGCCCCGGGUGCAUGCACCUGCUGCAGGUUCUUGAGAUGUGGGAGGCCGCCCGUUCCGCCCUUGCCCACAGACACCACCUGGGUGCCUGACCUGGGAGAGGAGAGGGCUGAGGCUUUCUGUGAAGGGACCUUGGCACCUGCCCUCCUUUCUGUGCGUGCUCUCAGGGCAGGACCUCCGGCCACCUGCUUCUGGUUCCAGGCUGCACUUUGCCGAGCUGUGCCAGGGUGGGAGCUGGGGGGGGAGGUCUGGUCUGCACUUGGGGAGCCUGUGUCCCUGUCCCCAAUCCAGGACACUGGCAUCGCCUCUGGAGGCCCCUGGAAGAGGGGCUGCCCAGGCGCACAUCUCGGGAGGGCUGUGACCGCUCCCGGCCCAGCCUUAGGGAAGCGUCAGGCUCCACCAGCAGACGCACCGCACUGCCACCAAGCUCUUCACUCUGCCCCGGGCCACCCGAGCCCUGGCCUAGCCCGCAGACCCUCCGCCAUCUGUCACUCUGUGAGGCGCUGGUCGUGAGUCCCAGGCUGGGCUUCAGGGUCACCUCGGUUUGCCUGGCAGGUUCCCAGAUCAGGGUCAACCCAGAGGAGUGUGGGGCCUAGGGCCCACCUGUCUGCCUCCUGGGUGGCGGGUCCCAGGGCCCACCUGUCGCCCUCCUGGGUGGGCCUGUUGAGAGUGCCAGCCAGGUGCUGUCAUCUCGUCAAGCGUCCGUUUCUGGGGAGGCGGCUCUGUCUUUUUCUGGCUUUGGGGGGCUUUCCAUCCCAUCCCCUGAGGGAGUGUCCAGGAUGGAGACGUGCUUGUCGGAAGCAGAUGUCAGAGGUGGCCCGAGGGCACCAGGCUGGACCUCCCAGCGAGGGACUCGGCCGCCCUUGUUCCUGCCUCGGCAGCUGUUAGAAUGGAAUGAGGGAGUUCCUGCCGAGGCUCAGUGGGUUAGGGAUCUGGCGCUGUGAGCAGUGGUGUAGGUUUCAGAGGAGGCUUGGAUCCUGCAUUGCUGAGGCUGGGGUGUAGGCCAGCUCCAAUUCGACCCCUAGCCUGGGAACUUCCAUAUGCUGCACGUGUGGCCCUAAAAAGAGGCAAAAAAAAGCAAGUUGAACGUGGGCCGGAAAAGAGCAAGUGGCCCAGAGGGCUUCUGCUUGCGGAGAGAACACGCCGGAGGGCCGGUGCUUGCCCAGACCCUCCCCCUGGCCUCUGCCCAGUGGGGCGUCGCGGGCAAGUGAGAGGGACUCUGAGUAACUAUGUUGGGGCACCAGCCAGAGGCAGGACUUAGGGCCCCAAAUUGAGGGUGACACCUCAAAUUGUCCCCACAACCCCUGGGCACGGGCGGUGGCCCCUGCAGCCCUGCCUGGCCUGCCAGCCCAGCAGCCAGGGGCAGCUGGCAGAACCAUUACGUGCCCCCCCGCGAGGCAAACCCGAAUCAGGUAGAGAGCAGAAAAGUACUCGGCUGUGCGCCAAGCCCUUGACUCCGUAGCCAGCUUCGGGCUGACGCGGCCACGCGCGGUCCGGGCAGCUCCUGGAGGCAGAGGGAGCGAGUCCGCCUGACUUGCGUGGGUGGCGGGCAAGGAGCCGGCCCGCGCGGAAACUCUUCUCAGUGCUGCAGAGAGUCAUUUGCACUGGAUCACGCUGCUCCUGUAAAGCUUUGUCUUGUGUUCAUUGGCGGACAUUACCCGGGUCCACCGAGGCCGCCCGCGGGGGUGUGGGUGCAGGGCUGGGUGUCGGGGCCUCAGCAGCGCAGAUGCAGAGCUGCUCCCUGUCGUGAGUGCCUGUGAAAUCCUUUAUGAAAUGAGCCACCUGCAUUAAACUUAUUUUUUUAACACCUUGA